AUGGAGGUGCAGGAGGCCGCGAGUCGCCUCUUGGCGUGUCCGCGCCUGAGCCGCGAGCGCGAGGCCGAGCGCCAGCGCGCCAUCCAGCGGCCGCUGGCCGUGAGCUGGCGCGAGAAGGUGGAGGAGAACGGCCAGAAGCAGCAGCGACAGGUGGCUACGCGCAGCAACGUGGUCUGGGAGCAGCACCACAUCCCCGGCGUGAGGAAGCGGCGCAUGGACGAGGAGGACGCGGCCUUCCUGCUCUUCUACGGCGAGCGCGAGUCUUCGAGCGCCGACAUCCUGCGCCUCAUCGUCGAGCUGAUCUCCACGGGCGUGGGCUCUUCGGACACGUUCGUGUCGCGACUCGUCAAGUACAUGCUAUGGCGCAAGCUCAGCUCGGCGGUGGCGGCGGGACUGGCAAGCGAGCGCGUGGUGCAGUCGGAGUGGACCAAAAUUGUCUUCAGCUGCCCCGUGCCGCCGCAUCGCCGGAGGUCGGGCCCCAUGCCUCGGCCAGACCUGCUGCCGCGCCCCAUUACCAUCACCGUGCGACCAUUGCAGUUUGCACGCAAGCAGCCCCAGCGUCGCAGUCUGUGCGUGCCCAGCGGCGGCGUAGAAAUCGUCACCAAGCACGAGCCGUCGUCUCCACGCGCGACACCACAGGAAGCAGCCGUGGCGUUGGCGAACAAGUUAGCAGGCAAGGGAGCUCGGUCCAAGUCAGGCGCCAAGAGUCCCAAGAAGAGCACGAAAGCGGCCCAGACCAAGUCCCCUCGGGGUGCGGUGCGGAAGCGACCGCUUGCUGCAACGUACGAUGAAGAUACACCUACUAGCAAUGGAUACACGAAUGGAGCAGAGUUCUCCCCGCGCAAGCAGCGGCGGCGCAAUGGCGAAGUGGGUGUACCGACCGUGACGCCGCGCCAGGUCGUGCGUGCCAAGAGCAGCAAUGGCCAGAGCAUCAGUCAGAAACUCAUGGAGCCGCUCCCGUACGACUGCCGGACGCUUGGCGAUAACCGGAGCCUGCCUAUAGGAUGGAAACCACCAGGAGACCAGCCUCUUAGGGUGGACCUUGUAGAAGUGAACCCGAUGCUGCAGAUGACAGCGGACGAGAUCGCUCAACACAUUGGGUCGGUUCGUCAGGAGGGCCGCUUUACCAGUUUUGAGAAGGUGACGGAUAUUUUAUUGAAGCUGAUGUCUGACCCGCGGAAUCGACAUGGUGUGUUCAACACGCCCGUGGACCCGGUAGCGCUGGAGCUGCCUACGUACACGACAAUCGUGCAGCACCCGAUGGAUCUCGGCACUAUUAAGCGCAAUCUCGCCGCUGGAGAGUACUUGGAGCUGGAAGAUUUCGUGUCCGACGUCCGUUUGGUGUUUGAAAACGCCAUGCUGUUCAACCCUGAGUCGCAUUAUAUUCACGUGGAUGCCGAAGUUCUGCUGAAGCGCUUCAAUGAUUCAGUAAAAGCUGAGGAAAAGCGGCAAGCGAAGCGCCAGCGCGUGCAGCAUGCGUGUCUUGUGUGUCGCGGAAAUACCUGCAUUGUGUGCAACCAGCAGUGCCUAGAAGUCACCCAGCCACACUUGCAGUGCUCGGGAGGCUGCAGCACUGACAUUCGGAAGGGUUCAGUUUAUUUCGUUUCGGAGGACGGCACCCGUGUUUGGUGUCAGAAGUGCAGAACUCGUCUGGCGAGGGACCGCAACUCACCAGAUCGUGAGCCUGACGAUGAUACGGACGCUCUGCUAGACUCUCUCAUUAAGAAGAAGUGCGAGGCCGGUGUCGAGCCGUGGGUCAAGUGUGGCGAGUGCGACAGAUGGCUGCAUCAGGUAUGUGGGCUUUACAACCCGGUGAUCGGAGCGUACGAAUCGGAAAAAGCCCUGAAGAAGGAAGCUGAGGGCUUGUCGAUUGAGACGGGCCCUUCGUACGCAUGUCCUCUCUGUCGCUGUCGACGUAAGAGAGCGACGCCAUCGCCCGAGUCCCCAAUGCGCAAAAUCCUGCACGUUGACCCCGACGAGCACGCGCAAAACAGCUCCUGUCUCAAUAUCCCGAGCUGUGAACUAAGCAUAUUUAUCCAGAACUUUUUGCGUCGAGGGCUAGACAAGAUCGGGGAGCGCGAAGCUGCUCAAACGUUGUACGUCCGAGCGCUUUCAUUUCCUGGCGAGCGCAUGGCUGUUCCGGAGGCCGUGGUACGAACAUUUGACGAGAACGUCGAGUUGCUGGCUCAAGUACGCCCGGGCAAAGACACGAGCUCUCAGCGGAUACCAGCCCACAUCAGCUAUCUCUCGCGUGGUCUGUACCUGUUCCAGAAGCACGAAGGAAUGGAGGUUUGCCUCUUCACGAUCUACGCUCAAGAAUUCGGUGACGAUUGCGAACUGGAGGCGAAUCGACGAGCCGUGUAUAUCGCCUACUUGGACAGUGUGCGAUACCUUAAGCCGGCAAGCGCUCGGACAGCGGCGUAUCACCUGAUCUUGCUGGCUUACUUCGACUACGUGCGGCGUCAUGGCUUCUCGCGCGUACAUAUAUGGUCGUGCCCGCCGCAGAAGCGAAUUAGUUAUGUGUUUUGGUGUCGGCCCUCCUUUCAGAAGACCCCCAGCGCGGAACACUUGCGUCGAUGGUACAACAAGCUGCUUACCAAGGCGAAGGACUGUGGGAUUGUCAAGGACUGGACUACAAUGUAUGAUCGAUACUUCAGCGAGAGCGUCUGCGGUGCAGUAGCUAAGGACGAUUCGAAGUCGUCAGCGUCCUUCGUGUCUGUGAAGGAGGAGAAUGGCGUGGGCGUGUCGACCCGCGGUACGACUGUGCAGUCUGUGAAUCCGAACGAGCUCGAGUGGCCAGCGAAGCAGCUCCCGCCGAUCUUUGACGGCGAUAUCAUCCCGUCCGAGCUGGACCGGAUUCUUGGCCGCAUCAUGUCAAGGAACGAGAAGCAGAAGCGAGCGAGCGAGAACAAGAAACUCGCAGCGCGCGGCAAAAGCAGCUCGAUCGCUCGUGCCGGGGGCAAGCUGUCUGUGGGAGGCGUGAUCACGCGUAUCAAGGAGGAAGCGCCUACCUGCAUAGCGCCGCCCUCUGUUCCAGCAUCGCUGCAAGUCGACGUGAAGGUGCGCGAGGUGUUCUCCAAGUGUCAAUUUGCAGUUCAACGGCUGAAGCAGGACUUGCUGGUGGUGGAUCUGGUGACGCUGGACGGCGAGCAAGCUGAGGGCUGCCGUCCAGAAGCGCUCGUGCCGUCGUGGUGUAGCCAAGUCCCGCGCUUCUUCGGCAGCCGCUUCAUGUUCCACCAGCUCUGCUCGUACGCCGGCUACCAGUUCGACUCGCUGCGGCGCGCCAAGCACUCGACCAUGAUGAUGCUGCACCACUAUUUCAACGAGCAGGUGGCCCAGCUCAACGUCUUCUGCCGCGAGUGCAACCUCCUGAUCACGCGCGCCGACUUCUGGUCGUGUCGGAGCUGCAAGCGCUACGCGUUGUGCGACUCGUGCUACCGGCGCCAGGGCAAGGAGCACGAGCACGAGCUGGUCUUCGGCCCCGCGCCACUGCCGACCCCGCCGCGGGCAUCAGCGGCGAACUCCGAGCACGCGGCUCACCCAGCCCAGCAGCAGCAGCAGCAAGACGAGCCCAUGGAGCCGCAGCCCGCUCAAGUCCAGACCCUUCUGAGCCAUCGGAGCCGCAAGCCGUCAACAUAUUUGACCGCUGUUCCUCCACGUCCUGAAUCCUGA